GCUCAAUAAGAUUUGAAAUUUGUCUGCAUACAAUUGUAUAUCAGGCACUUGAAUCACUUUGCCCCAGCCCUUUUUCUGUAGAGAGCGUGGAUAGCGACCAUGCAGAUUUUCGUCAAGACCCUCACGGGUAAAACCAUCACACUUGAUGUGGAGUCUAGUGACACCAUCGACAAUGUCAAGGCCAAGAUCCAGGACAAGGAAGGAAUUCCCCCUGAUCAGCAGCGUCUGAUCUUUGCCGGUAAGCAGUUGGAGGAUGGCCGCACCCUAGCGGACUACAACAUCCAGAAGGAAUCCACCUUGCAUCUGGUACUACGUCUACGCGGCGGAGGCAAGAAGCGUAAAAAGAAGGUGUACAACACGCCGAAGAAGAUCAAGCACACAAAGAAGAAGGUGAAACUUGCUGUGCUUCGAUACUACAAGGUCGAUAACAACGGUAAGAUCUCUCGUCUGAGGCGUGAGUGUGACAACGCCGAGUGUGGUGCCGGUGUAUUCAUGGCCAAGCACUUUGACCGUCAGUACUGUGGCAAGUGUGGACUUACGUACGCUUUCAAGACCGAGGCUUAAGUUGGUAUCUGUCUGCUAGUAUUUUUAGUCGCCUUCGAAAUGCGUGCACAGACUUGUUCACGCUGUCUGUGGGUGGUGUAUACGCACUUGUACUGAACCACGAAUGGUUUAUCUCGAUAAAGCAUAGCCCAUUCUCGGAAUGCAAGCUCUCACACCAAAAGCCUUUCCAUGUAUUUGCC